AUUAGUGAUCACUCUCUGUGCCUGUAUUUACGCCCUUUGGUCCGUCCGGCCAUCGGUUCACUUCUUAUGCAAACCUAUAACUACCGCACGUUUUGCUCAAUAAUUGUGAUUUAGAUAUUGAUUUUGUGAGAGUCAACGUCGGGUGUCAUCGGAAUCUCAGUCAUACACAGUAUAUAAUCUCAUAUAUUAUACAUUCAUUAGAUAUAUUCAAAUAAUCUCGUAUUCAACGAAUCAAAACUUGGAUUUCAUUAACUCCUCUAACGAUAUAUCAUUUGAAGAUAAAAACGAUAUCAUAUUUCUUAUAAAAACUUUAACACAAAAAACUAAUUCACGAAAAGCGAGGCGAAGAAGAAGUAGUGUUUAAUACAAGUAAUUAUAACAUCAAUAAUAAUGGCGACGAAGAGACCAUCGAUGGGAUUAAUGUUGAUCAAGUGUUUGGUCGUGUUGUACGAUGUGAUCACUUUCCCCAUCUAUUUCCUCAUCCAAAAGCCGUGGGAACGGGUGGCCCGACACGAGGCCGUACGCGCCCGGCGUUUAGUGGAGAGCGAUCCGCACUCGCCGUACGUACGGGUCGGCCAACCCGUCCAGCAUUACGUCAGGGAAUGC